GCCAAAAUGUUAUCAGUUCUCAGGUACUAUUCCUCGAGCAACCAACUAGCACCGCGGAUAAGAAAUGAAAGCUUUCGUACUAAUCUCCUGUUUAGCGGCCUUGGGUCAUGCCAGGCCUGAAGCUGGAUACGCGUAUAAUGGACCCGCUAAUGUGGGAGGAUUCGGGGCCGGUGGACAUGGAGGUGGAGCUGGCGCAGGUGCAGGAUUUGCUGGAGGAUUUGCCUCGGGAGCUGUAGGAGGUGCAGGACAUGGAUUAAGUGGAGGUCACGGAAUCGGAGGAGGAUUUGGUGGAGGUCACUCAUCGGGAGGAUAUGCUGGAGGUCAAUCUGGUGGUGGAUAUGCUGCUGCAGGACAUGGUGGUGCUGGAGCUGGCUUUGGUGCAGGUGGUCAUGGAAUUGGUGGAGGAUUCGGUGCUGGCGGCUUCGGCGCUGGUGGAUUCGGAGGUGGAGCCGGAGCUGUCGGAGGACACGGAGGUGAUGCUGGUAUUGGUGGAGGUGCUGGAGGUGCUGGCGGCUACAACUACGAGCCCCAAGGACAAACUGUACACAAGCACAUCUACGUUCAUGUUCCUCCACCAGAGCCUGAGGAGCAUCACGCACCAAGACAUAUCCCAGUCGCCAAGGCCCAAAAGCAUUAUAAAAUCAUCUUUAUCAAGGCUCCAUCUGCUCAAUCCCAACAACAACAAAUUAUCCCACAACUUCCUCAACACGAAGAAAAGACCUUGAUUUACGUUUUGUCCAAGAAACCAGAGGAAGCCCAAGACAUUGUCAUUCCAACUGCCCAACCAACUCCACCAAGCAAACCCGAAGUUUACUUCAUCAAAUACAAUACCAGGAAAGAACAAGUUGGUGGAGGUGGAUAUGCUGCAUCUGGACAACCAGAAGCUUCAGGAGCAGCUUUCGGUGGUAGCGGUCAUGGAGGUGAUGCUAUCGGUUCAGGACCAGGAUUGGAUGUUCAUGGAGGAGCUGGUGGCGUAGGAGGUGGUGACAUCGGCGGUGGAGUAGUAGGAGGAGGUCAUAGUGCCCCAGCUGCUCCAUCCGGAAAUUACGGUCCACCUGGAAAAUCUGGUCCUUACUAAAUCUUACAGUGAAAUGAUUUGGUGAGAAUGAGUAUCAGAUACUUAGUCAAGACUUUUUUUACAAAAGUAUUUUAAGUAGACAAUGCAAAAAACCAUUCCUCGUUAUUGUUGGAAAUUAUGUAUUUUAAUUUUUUUUAUAUAGAAUUUAAUGAUAAUUAGAAAGCAAAUAAAAUAUCUUUCUAGUAAAA